AUGGCCCAGGGGGCAGUGUUCAGUAUCGUAAAGAUACCGCUGUAUGGCAGGCUUGGGGCAAGAGCCACUCCUCCUGAUAAAGGAGUUGUAGGACCUUGCUCCAGUUCUUGUGGAGGGCUGCUCUCAGACUGGCAAUUUCUCGAGCAUCCGAGCAUCCGAGGGCUCAAAACCCCUCCGGAUAAUCGCACCUUGGUGACUGUGAACUUUUUAUCAGCUCUUGUUACUGUGCUGCUCAAAAAGCAUCUGCCUAUAGAACUCAUUGGGAGCUGCCAGCAGGUGGCAGUAACCCUGACAGCUCUGUCACUGCUGUUUAAAACAAGCAAGAGGCCAGCUGGGGCGCGGCGGACUGCGCGGGCGGUGGGACUCCGCUUAGUUUCCGGUGCGGCGAACACCAAAGUCCGGGAACCGAGGCAUUUUCAGGUUUUAGGGUUGUUACGAAGCUGCAGGAGCGAGAUGGAGGUGGACGCACCGGCUGGUGAUGGUCAAGACGGUCCCCGGGAGCGGCGAGGCCAGAGCGAGGCAGGGAGGCAGAACCUCGAUGUGCGGCCUCAGUCCGGGACAAACGGGCUUCCUAAACACUCCUACUGGUUGGACCUGUGGCUCUUCAUCCUUUUCGACGCGGUGGUAUUUCUCUUCGUGUAUUUUUUGCCAUGAGUCAUUUCGUGAUACCCAUAUUAAGAAGUUCGUUCUUGAGUGAAUUCUGAAAAUGGCUACAAACGUCUUGAAUAAAGAAGACAGGACUCUCAACAGAAGAAUUUCAAAUCUCCAAGGGACCCUUCCUUUCAUUUUACACUUUGUUACUAAUUUGCAGAACUCUAUUAAAUUGGUAGGAUUUCACCCAUUCCUAAGUUGUUAAAAUUAAACUCUUUGGUUCAUGUUUAAAAACGUUUCAGACAUCCGAUGGCUUUACAGGGGCUGAAUAGAAAAACAUUUGUACUUAAA